AUUCAAGCAUAAAUAUUAUUCUGUUUGUAAAUCAACUUCAUUGCAAAUGGCUGUAUUCUCACAAACAUUUAUAUUUCUUAGGUGCAUACAUACAACAUAUUAGCACGUACUCUGUAAUUGUUUGUACAUUUGUUCACUCGUGAUAAGUCUUUCGUAUUGUGUGGUGUCUACUGUUGGCUAAAGUUAAUAAACUAAAACUUAAAAUGAAAUUGUGCACUUGUAUUUGUAUUAAAGUUUUACAACUUAUUUCAUGUGUAACUGAAUUCAUCCUGAAAAAACUAGCUGACACGUAUUCCGAUCGCAUGUUAAGAAGCAAUCAAAAAAAUUUAAGAGAAUGGACACUUUUAAAUACGAUUUCACUGACGAAAGAAACCGACGAAUUUAGCAUUCUGACUAUAAUGGGAUUCACAUUUAUUUCUGCUGUUUUAUUGAUUACCAGAAUCAUUGAGAAGCACUCUAACUAUCAUACAUGUGAAAAUAUUUUACUGAGUUGUGGGGUUAUAUUUUUCACCAUUCAAGGAUUAAUAAUAUUUGGAACUGUGGAACAGCUAUCAGAUAGUAUUUCUGAUUAUGCAUUAUUUCUCGGAGGAUUAUCCUUUAUCUGUGCUCUUUUAUUCGCAUUGGACCUUUUAUUUUUUAGACAAAUGGCAAAAUCGAAAAAUAAGUUUUCUCAAACCGAUCUGGAGUCUACAAUCGAAACAACCUACAAGAACGAGAAUUAUAUUCCAAAACAAAAUAAUAAAAUGAAAAGAUUUGAUCAAUGCUGCUCACCACAAAAUUCGAAUAACGAUAAAAAACUUACUUAUUUACGAACGGAUCUAUAACUAUUAUAAUAUGGCUUGAAUCUUUUAACAAUAAUUAUGUUAUUCGUUCUUGUUGUUUUUAUUCU